AUGCUGCAGCAAAUACUGCGUGAUAUGUAUAUUGACCCUGAGCUCCUGGCAGAGCUAAAUGAAGAGCAAAAGCAGAUCUUGUUCUACAAAAUGAGGGAAGAGCAGCUGAGGCGCUGGAAGGAGAGGGAAGAAAAAGCACGAAUGGAGGAGGCAGUGCUGAGAAAGACAGCAAGACGCAAACAAAGUAACAGCAAACAUGUGCAGUGGCUGCGUGGGAAGGAUGGUGAGGUCUGGGUCUGGGUUAUGGGAGAAGCCCCAGGUGACAAGCCGUAUGAACAGAUAUCAGAGGAGCUAAUAGCAGAACGAGCCAGGCAACAAGCACAGAAGGAAGCAGAAGAAUUAUGGAGACAAAAAGAAGCUGAAAUUACAAAGAAAUUCCGGGAUGCUAUGGCUCAAGAAAAAGCCAGAAUAGUAGCAGAGAAAUGGAAAAUAGAAACAGAAGAUCGGAAAGCUGCUAAAUUGGAGGAGGAAAAAAUUCGGGAGGAACUGAAGAAAAGAGAAGAGGAGGAAAGACAAAAAGGUGAAGAAUUAAUAAGGCAGCAAGAAGAAAUUCGAGCAAAAGAGUUGUAUCUGAGCCUCAAGCAAGCUCAGCAGCAUAGUCAACACAGUGAUGAUGACCAGGAGUGGGAAGAGCAGUUGCGCCGAUCCAAGGCUGCAGAUGAGGAAAGGAGCCACAAAGCACGCAGAGCCCGAGAUGAAUACCGUCGACAAUCCUUGCGUGCCAUCCAGAAGGGAAGAGUGGCUGGCCUGAGCAAUUUGUUCCAGGGGACAAGCCUCAAUAAUGAUCAGGAGAUAAAACUAAACAGCAGUAGUCCUUUGACUUUCUCUGCAGCACCCAGUAGUAACAUCUGGGAACGUCCUUCGAGACCCUUUUCCCGAGAUGUCAUCAUCCGUUGGUUCAAAGAAGAGCAAAUCCCUCGACGUGCUGGGUUUGAGAGGAACACCAACAGGAUUGCACAGUGGUUUCAUGGUAUUAUCAGCCGCCAGGAGGCAGAAGAGUUGCUGAUGAAUAAGUCUGAAGGAACAUUCCUUGUGCGAGUCAGUGAGAAAAUCUGGGGCUAUGCGUUGUCUUAUCGCCAGCAAAGUGGGUUCAAACACUUCCUGGUUGAUGCUUCAGGGGAUUUCUACAGCUUCUUGGGGGUAGAUCCAAACCGACAUGCAACACUGACAGAUCUUAUUGAUUUUCACAAGGAAGAAAUCAUCACAUCUUCAGGUGGGGAGCUACUACUGGAACCAUGUGGACAGCAGAAGAAUCCACCAGACUACAGCCCUCUAUUUGAAUAA